CACAAGAACGUAUACAUGGUAUCCGCGUAAAAUUCCGGGUGUUUUCGACACUUUGGUCAAUUUCUGCAUUGCCAAUGACAAGUCUGGGAUAAAUCUGUUCAGCUGAAAGAGCUGUUGAGCCAUCUUUCUCGGUGUCUGGCAUAGAAAACCCGCAGAAUUAGAUUCAUAGAGAUCGCAGCUUAUGGCAGGACAUACGGAGUCGCAUUUCGCGCAGUCUAAACUUAUCUGGCGACCUGCUCAUCCAUCACGUACUUCGCUCGACGUGUUUCGUCGCGUUAUCAAUCGGAAGCAUGGACUGAAUUUGAGAAAUUAUCACGAGCUUCACAAGUACUCUGUGGAAGACUACACUUUCUGGACUGAUGUUUGGGAAUUUGUCGGCAUCAUAUAUUCCGUACCACCAACACAGGUUCUGCAGGACGGUCCCAUCAAGGAACUUCCUACCUGGUUCCCUGGCGCACGGCUUAAUUAUGCAGAGAACCUCCUCCAUCGCAACGAUGAUGGCAUUGCUUGCACUGCUGCCAGAGAAACAGGGGCCAUCUUCAGCUAUACUUACCGACAACUUAGACAGAUGGUCAGAAGUAUGGCCGCAGCUAUGAGAGUCAGCGGCAUCGUUGCAGGCGAUCGAGUCGCAGCUAUUGUCACGAAUUCCAUAGACGCCGUCGUCAUUGCCCUUGCGUCAGCUAGCAUAGGUGCUAUCUUCUCCAGUACGGCUACGGACAUGGGGACACAGGGAAUCCUCGAUAGAUAUCGGCAAAUUCAGCCCAAAAUUGUCUUCUCUGAGACGGAGGUGACCUGGGCCGGCAAGCCGAUCGACUUGAUGCCCAAAGUCUUGGAAAUUGCGCAAGCCCUGCAAUCGCAUGGCCUCCAGCGUGUGGUGCUCUUACCCAGUGCGCGGACGGGACAGGAGGUCACUGCAUCCCAUAUGAACCGCGUGCCCGGCAGCACAUCACUGUCGGCAUUCCUCUCCGCCGGAGGCAAUCUAGAGCUAGUCUUCGAACAGCUUCCAUUCAAUCACCCUCUGUACAUCCUAUACUCUUCGGGAACAAGCGGUCCACCGAAGUGCAUCGUCCACACUGCUGGUGGCGUGCUUAUGCAAGCAAAGAAAGACCUCCGCAUCUCCCUCGGUUUGACUGUUGAUGACACCUACUUCCAGUACACUACCACGGGAUGGAUGAUGUGGCCCUAUAUGCUGCAAGGCCUUGCUUGCGGCAGUCGCAUAAUCCUUUAUGACGGCUCUCCAUUCUAUCCAAAUGUGACAGAUUUUUUGAAGUUCCUCAGCCGCCAGGGCGUAACGGUCUUCGGCACCAGUCCGCGCUUCCUAAGUGAAGUGCAAGGGAAAGGCAUCGAACCGUCGACGAUCGCUCCUUUCGACGCAUUACGUACCGUGGGCUCUACAGGCUCCGUCCUCGCUCCUGCAAUGUUUGAGUGGGCUCAAAAGGCGUUCAAUCCAGAUGUCCAUCUGGUGUCUUUCUCCGGAGGCACGGAUAUUUGUGGUGCAUUCGUGGGUGGAGUUCCUACCUUGCCUGUAUAUGCAGGAGAGAUCCAGGGCAAGCUGUUAGGAAUGAAAGUGGAAAUAUUCGACCAAGAUGGGAAGAAUAUGGAAGAUACGGGACUACCAGGAGAGCUGGUCUGCACUCGGCCUCAUGUUUCGCUUCCUCUCGGAUUGUGGGGCGAUAAGUCGGGCGCGAAAGUCAGGAAAGCUUACUUCGAGAAAUAUCCCAGCAUCUGGCAUCAGGGCGACUUCAUCGCGAAGAAUCCUGAGACGCAAGGCCUCAUGAUUCUAGGUCGAAGCGAUGGGGUCCUCAAUCCAAGCGGAGUGCGCUUUGGUUCUGCUGAGAUUUACACCGUACUGGAGGAUUUUGCCGACGUCAUUGAUGAUUCGCUAUGCGUUGGCCAACGUCGGCCACAAGAUAAGGACGAGCGUGUCCUGCUGUUCGUCAAGAUGCGCGCAGGCCACGUCCUGACUGAGAGUUUGAAAAACAAGUUGCGCGCGGCGAUCCGGAAGUCCCUCAGCCACAGGCAUGUACCGGCGUACAUAUUCGAGAUUGAGGACAUCCCGUACACUGUGAACGGCAAGAAGAUUGAGAUUGCCGUAAAGCAGAUCGUGUCGGGCUCAACUCUGAAACCGAGCGGAACGGUGGCGAACCCGGAUUCAUUGCAGCUCUACUACAAGUAUCGGGAGCUAGAGAAGUUCAUCGGCGGUACCAGUGCGGAGAAAGCCAAGGCAAAGCUGUGACUCCAUCAAGCCAUUGUUCCGCACGAUAUACGGUGGGAAGCUGAUAUGAACAGAAAAUACCGUGUCAAUCGUCUAUUCCGUGUUUAACCAGCAUCGCAGCAAGCGAGGAA